AUGCAGUGUUCUACUGCACUGUUCUACUGCACUGUUCUACUGUACUGUUCUAAUGUACUGUUCUACUGCAGUGUUCUAAUGCACUGUUCUAAUGCACUGUUCUACUGCACUGUUCUAAUGCACUGUUAUACUGCACUGUUCUACUGCACUGUUCUAAUGCAGUGUUCUACUGUACUGUUCUAAUGCACUGUUCUACUGUACUGUUCUAAUGUACUGUUCUAAUGCACUGUACUACUGCACUGUUCUACUGCACUGUUCUAAUGCAGUGUUCUAAUGCAGUGUUCUACUGCACUGUUCUACUGCACUGUUCUACUGUACUGUUCUAAUGUACUGUUCUAAUGCAGUGUUCUAAAGCAGUGUUCUAAUGCAGUGUUCUACUGCACUGUUCUACUGCACUGUUCUAAUGCAGUGUUCUAAUGCAGUGUUCUAAUGCACUGUUCUACUGCACUGUUCUACUGCACUGUUCUACUGCACUAUUCUAAUGCAGUGUUCUAAUGCAGUGUUCUAAUGCAGUGUUCUACUGCACUGUUCUACUGCAGUGUUCUAAUGCACUGUUCUACUGCACUGUUCUAAUGCACUGUUCUACUGCAGUGUUCUAA